AUGCAGCACAAGAGGAAGCAACAGCCCACAGGGGCUGCGCAGAAUCCCCAGAAGCGCCAAAAGUCCGCUGGUGGCAAGCCUGCGGCCCCGAAGAAGCGCAAGGUCGCCGUCAGCGCGCUGCCAUGGAAGACGGUCGAGGUUCCCGAGAUGUUCGAUGAUGCCGAGGGCUUCUACGGCUUGGAGGUUAUUGAGGGCGUUGAUGUCGUCAAGCAUGGCGAUAACGUCGAGUUUGUCGCUGCUAUUCCCUCUGGCGACGAGGAGGAAAACGGAAACGAAGACGAGUUUGAAGGCUUUAGCGACUCUGAGCCCGCGCCUGCGCCUAUGCCUGCGCCUGCACAACCCGAUACGGUAAUGGAGGAGGCAGAGGCAGAACCAGAACCAGAACCGAAGCCCGAGAGCAAGAAGACCAAGAAGGAGAAAAAGGCCGCAGCCAAGGCAGAGCAAAAGGCACAAAAGGGGGCAACGACAAAGGAGGACAAGCCUACAGACAAGGCCGACGAGACAAACGGCGCUACCCUCGCAGCCGAGCCCGAGGGCAAGAAGAAGAAGGAAAAGAAGCAAAAGAAGGCUCAGCCCAAACCGGAGGAUGCCAAGCUCCAGAGCAACGUCUUCAAGGCACUCGAGGAGGUUGAGGAGGCCGAGGAGGAUCUCGACAUGGCCCCCUGGGUGGAUAUCGGUCUCUCCCCCGCUACCGUUGCGGCCAUUGCCAAGCUGAAGUUUGCGAAGCCGACAAAGAUCCAGAGCUCGUCGAUACCCGAGAUCCUCGCCGGCCACGACGUCAUCGGAAAGGCCUCUACGGGUUCCGGUAAGACGCUGGCGUUUUCGAUCCCCAUUGUGGAGGAAUGGCUCGAAAGAUUUGAGGGAAAGGAAGACGAGAAGAAGCCGGAUAACACCCCCUUUGCGCUCAUUCUUUCGCCGACGAGAGAAUUGGCACACCAAAUCACCAACCACAUCAAGAGCCUAUGCGCCGGUCUACCCCACUCGCCAUUCGUUUGCUCGGUGACGGGAGGUCUGUCAGUCUUCAAGCAACAGAGACAAUUGGCCAAGGCGGACAUCGUCAUUGGUACGCCAGGUCGUCUGUGGGAGGUCAUCAGCUCGAGCACGGAACUGCUCAAGGGGUUCAGGCAGAUCAGGUAUCUGGUAGUCGAUGAGGCCGACAGACUUUUGAGCGAGGGACACUUCAAGGAGGCUGGGGAGAUUCUCGACGCCCUCGACCGUGAGGUUGUCGAAGAGGACGAUGACGAGGAUGAAAAGGAGCUCUCGGAACGGCAGACGCUCGUCUUCUCUGCCACGUUCCAUCAGGGACUGCAACAAAAGCUGGCUGGCAAGGGCAAAUGGGGUCUCAUGUCGGAGACGGAGAACAUGGAGUAUCUGCUAAAGAAGCUCAACUUCCGCGAGGAAAAGCCAAAGUUUAUCGACGCCAACCCCGCGAAGCAGAUGGCUGCCGGUCUCAAGGAGGGUCUCAUCGAGUGCGGUGCCAUGGAAAAAGAUCUCUACCUCUACACAAUCCUCCUCCUCAACCCCAACCGCCGCACUCUAGUCUUUACGAAUUCCAUCAGCGCCGUCCGCCGCCUAACUCCCAUGCUCCAAAACCUCAACCUCAACGCCAUGGGCCUCCACUCCCAAAUGGCCCAAAAGGCCCGUCUCCGCUCCGUCGAAAAGUUCACAGCCACAAAGGCCAACACCACAUCCGUCCUCAUCGCCACCGACGUCGCCGCUCGCGGUCUCGAUAUCCCCGGUAUCGACCAGGUCGUGCACUACCACGUCCCCCGUGCCGCCGACAUGUACGUCCACCGCUCCGGUCGUACCGCGCGUGCCGAGAAGACCGGUCUGAGCAUCAUUCUCUGCGGGCCGGAGGAGGUCGUGCCGACGCGCAGGCUCGCGGCCAAGGUGCACGAGAAGCACUCGAGCAAGAAGAAGUACUUUAUGCGGACCAUUGACAUUGAUCGCCGCAUCGCGUCCCGUCUCAAGCCCAGACUCGACCUGGCCAAGAAGCUGACAGACGCGACGCUCGCCAAGGAGAAGGGCACAAAGGACGAGGACUGGGUCAAGGCGGCUGCUGAGGAGCUCGGUGUGGAGUACGACAGCGACGAGCUGGAAAAGGCGGGAACGUGGACGGGUCGUGGAAGUCAGCGGAAGAAGAAGCAACAGGAGGAUAAGAACAUUAGCAAGGCGGAGAUGGGAGCGAUGAGGGCCCAGCUCCGCGAGCUGCUGUCGAAGCGCGUCAAUGCCGGUGUCAGUGAAAAGUACAUCACGUCGGGUAACUUGGAUAUCGAGGAGCUGCUGCGAGGCGGUACGGGAGAUUUCCUGGGCAAGGUUGACGGCCUGGACUUGGAGGAUUUGUAG